AUGGCCAAAAGUAAUGUGAACAAAGGUAAAGGAAAAUCUGCAGAAGAAAUUUUCGCUGGCUUCCAGAAUUUACGAAGCGAGCAAAGACAGUUGGCCAAUAAAAUAUCGGAGCUCGAAAUGGACCUAAACGAGCACAAGAUUGUAAUAGAGACAUUACAAACCGUGGAUAAGACGCGUAGAUGCUUUCGUAUGGUCGGUGGUGUUCUAGUGGAGCGCACAGUGGGCGAAGUUUUGCCUGAACUUGAGAGUAACCGCGAGCGUCUACCUAAAGCUAUUCAAGCUCUAAAUGAACAAUUAGCUCGUAAAGGUCAAGAGAUUAAUGAGUACAUUGAGACUUAUGACAUCAAAGUACAGCGUACCGAUCGGGCGCCAGAUGCAGCCCCUGAGCAGCCUGCCAAAUCGAAUGUGCUUGUUGCAAGUGGUUGA